AUGCCCUGGCCACCCUCGCUGGAGAAGGCGAUGGUUGAGCGAAGCCUACGCUGGGCCAGCGAAGCUAUGGGGGGGCAGCUCUUGUCCGGUGCUCCAGGCGCACUCUUCUGUGGUGUGGCGAUCGACUCGCGCCGCUUGAGCGGUGGCGAGCUGUUCUUUGCCUUUGUCGGCGAGCACGCCGAUGGCCACGACUACGUCGCCGCGGCUUUGGCUGGCGGAGCUGGCGGCGCGGUGAUCUCGCGCCAGCUUGCAGACCCACCUGGUGGGGCGUUGAUCCAAGUCGAGGACACCCUUCGGGCGCUUCACCAGUUGACCUCGGCAGCACGCCGCGAGGUGCCCGAAAAGCUGGUAGCGAUCACUGGCUCGGUGGGCAAGACCACCACCAAAGAGAUCCUGGCAGCGCUCCUGGCGAGCCGCUUUCGAGUCGCCAAGAGUGUCGGCAACUUCAACAACCUCUACGGUUUCCCGUUGUCGCUUUUGGCGGUGGCGGAGGAUUGCCAGUGGAUGGUCGCCGAGAUGGGCAUGUCCGAACCCGGCGAGCUGGGCAAGAUCAGCCGUCUGGGCCGGCCCGACGUAGCUUUGUUCACCAACGUGCGACCAGUGCAUCUCGAGAACUUCCCUGACCUGCGUGGCAUCGCCGACGCCAAGUCCGAGUUGCUCGAAGGGUUGGUCGAAGGCGGGCUGGUGAUCGCCAACGCCGACGAUCCCUGGGUGAUGCGGAUUGCCGCGCUCCACGCCGGCGAGGUAGUGACCUAUGGUCGCGGCGCCAAGGCCACGGUGCGGAUCGAAGAUCUACGGCCGCUCGACGGCCGGCCCGGUAGCGCCUUCAAGCUGUCGACCGCGGGUCGCUCGGUCGAUGUGGAGCUAUCGCUCUACGGGCUCUACAACGCUGACAACUUCCUCGCCGCGGCAGCCUGUGCGGUGGCCCUCGGGGUCGACCUCGAUGAAAUUGCCGCUGCCGCCAAGGGGUUGGCUCCGGCCAGCCAUCGGGGCGAGGUCCACCGCCUGGCCGGCGCUGGCUCCAAGCACAGCAUCGUGCUGAUUGACGAUGCCUACAAUUCCAACCCUGACGCCGCCGAGCGCGCUCUCGAGAGUGCCUUGCAGCUCGAUGGCCAGCGCUACGUCGCGGUUUUGGGCGACAUGCUCGAACUGGGGCCGACCGCGGCCGAGCUGCAUCGCCAGGUCGGCGAAAGAGCGGCCGAGUUGGGCUUUGGCUUGGUGCUGGGAGUCGGCGAGCUGUCGCGCGCGACGGUCGCCGGGGCUGCCUCUCGCCAGGCCGAGACCGAGUGGCUGGCCGAUGCUGCUGGCACCGCCCGGCGGCUACCCGAGUUGCUCCGAGAGGGCGAUGUGGUGCUGGUCAAGGGCUCCCGUGGCGUGGGCCUCGAAGCAGUGGUUGCGGCGCUCUGUGCUGGUAAGGACACCGCAGCAGGCGCGGCCGGAGGGGGUGGCUGA